CACAGCUUGGUGCAGUAAACGACCUGAGCUGGGAAAUGGCGUCGCGUCCUCCUUACCCGGGAACACCUCCUCCUCCGGGAGCUCCUCCUGUCACCCCUCAGAGGUACGCUGGGCCUCAGGGGGGUCAGGGAACACCAAUGAGGUACCCCCAGCAGAGUUACCCACAGAUGAAUGUGCAAAGAUCCCAGUACCCUCCUGUUGGUAUGGGGGGUCCUACGGGAAGCCCAGCUCCAGUUAUGCAGCGUCCUCCAGGUCCCCCAGGUCCACAGCCGUACAGCAGUGGUAUGGUUCGCCCUCCAGCUAUGCCUACAACUCCUGGCUCGAAGCGACCUGCUUCAUCUAGCUCUUCCAAAAGUGGAGGAGGUAGUGGGGGCAGCAGUGGUGGUGGUGGACCUCCACCUACCAACCAGGGAGGUGUCCCUUCAGACUAUUCCCAUGGAAGUUCUAAGAAGAAGAAGAAAUUAGCAGAGAAGAUUCUACCACAGAAGGUUCGAGACCUUGUUCCGGAAAGUCAAGCAUACAUGGACCUUUUGGCGUUUGAGCGCAAGCUUGAUGCUACCAUCAUGAGGAAGAGACUUGACAUUCAGGAAGCAUUGAAGCGACCCAUGAAAGUUAAGAAGAAAUUACGUAUUUUUAUAUCCAAUACAUUUUACCCUGCUCGUGCAGAGGGAGUUGAAGGUGAUGAGGCUUCUGUUGCAUCGUGGGAACUGAGAGUUGAAGGACGGCUCUUAGAUGACCAUAAGGUAAAGCGACCUGGAGAUAAAAAUGUCCGGUGCACCAUCCUGCUUUUGCUGGAUUAUCAGCCACAUCAGUUCAAGUUGGAUCCACGUCUAGCCCGCCUUUUGGGAGUGCACACACAGACACGCCCUGUUAUCAUUACAGCACUCUGGCAGUAUAUUAAAACUCACAAGUUGCAAGACAGUCAUGAGAGAGAAUACAUCAAUUGUGACAAGUAUCUGGAACAGAUCUUUGGUGUCCCUCGCAUGAAGUUUGCUGAAAUUCCUGGACGACUGAACCAGCUACUGUUUCCUCCAGAUCCUAUUAUCAUCAAUCAUACUAUCUCUGUUGAGGGGGCAGAUCAAAAGAAAACUUCUUGCUAUGAUAUAGAUGUUGAAGUGGAUGAUAACCUCAAGACUCAAAUGAAUAAUUUCCUACUGAGCACCAACUCUCAGCAAGAUAUUCAGACACUAGACACCAAGAUACAUGAGACUGUUGAAACUAUCAACUCCCUCAAGACUAACAGAGAGUUUUACCUUUCAUUUGCCAAAGAUCCACAACAGUUCAUACAGAAAUGGCUGAUCUCUCAGAACCGUGACUUAAAAACCAUGACAGACGUUGUUGGCAACCCCGAGGAAGAGCGGAGAGCUCAGUACUAUUAUCAACCAUGGACUCAUGAAGCCGUCAACCGCUACUUUUAUUCCAAGAUUCAGCAAAAACGGGCAGAAUUGGAACAGGCAUUGGGAAUUAGGAACAACUGAAAAUAAUAACUUUGUCUCUGACAUACAUUAUUGUAUAUCCAAAUUUAUAAGAAAUCAGUUAAAGCUUUGGGUUUAAUCUUGUAAUUAUUAUUAUAACUAGUUAUGAUAAAUGUACAAUUAAAGUAAAGCUGGUUUUAAAGCUCAUGCACUUGAGGCUUAUAUAUAUAUUUUUUGUUUUCAUUUAACUGUGUAUUAGUACUAAGAUAUCUUGUGGAAAUGUCUUCUUUUAUGUUCUUAUAUUAUAAUAUCUUUGUAAAAA